GGAAUACCAACAGUUGCGAAAAUUAAAUCAGAUGCUGUUGAUUUAUGUUGGUCAAAAUGCAAAAGGCAAGUCGAUUAUUACCAAAUUCGCUACAAACGAAAAAAUGGAGGCGAUAAAUGGAAAUUUGCUGAAACAGAUGGCGAACAAAGUGAAAUUAUCAUAACUGGAUUAAUGGCAAAUACAGAAUAUGUAUUUCAAAUUCGAGGAGUAUAUGAAGAUCAAGAAGGAAGCUACGGACCAGCAAAUUAUAAUAUACAAACACCACAGUCUCUAGCAAUACAUUUACUUGAAUCUUCUGAAUGUGUUCGCAGAGGGAACCCCUCUAUAUUUAAACUUAAUGCAGAAGAAAUAAAGGAGGCCAGAAAUGAAUCUGCAAAAAUAAAAAAGCUUUGUCUUGGUGGUGACCAUAUCAGAGAAGACGAAAAGACGAUAAUGCUUGUUGGAGAAAUUGGUUCGGGUAAAAGCACACUAAUUGACGGCAUUGUUAACUACGUGAUCGGUGUAAGUUUUGAUGAUCCAUUCAGAUUCACGCUUGUAAAGCAAGAAGAAGAGGGGGAAACAACUCAUACCCAGGCAGUGUCUUCAACAGAAUGGAUCACCAUUUACAAAAUUGCAAAUCUACCUGGAAGUCGAUUAAACUAUACCCUUAACAUCAUAAACACACCGGGAUUUGAACAGACAAGAGGACUCGAGAGAGAUCAGUGUACUAUUGCUCAAAUCCGCCAGUUGUUUUCUAGAAAAAACCCUAAAGGAGUUUUUUGCAUCGAUGCAGUGUGUUUCAUUGUAAAAGCCCCUGAUGCAGGCCUUACCGCAUUUCAGAAAUAUAUAUUUAGUGAAAUAAUGGACCUUUUUGGUAAAGAUCUUGAAUCAAAUAUUUGUACAUUAGUUACAUUUGCUGAUGGUGGAGAACCACCAGUCUUCGCUUCUCUAAAAGAAGACAAACUUCCCUUUGGUUCUACUUUUGAGUUUAACAACUCUGCAUUAUUUGCAGCUAACAAACACCUUACUUCCACUUCAUUGUCACCAAUAUUUUGGGAGUUGGGGUGUAAGAGUUUUCAAAUGUUUUUCGAUAAAAUCUUUUAUUUUAAAACGAGGAGUCUUCUCCAAACAAAUUAUGUUUCAGAAGAGAGAGAACAACUGAAACAGGUUAUUGUUAGCAUCUUUCCUCAGGUUAAAUCAGGUUUAUCAAACCUCUCAGAACUUCGAAACCAUUUAAACAUAUUUCAAAAACAUAGAGCAGAUAUUGAAAAUUAUAAAGAUUUUGAAUAUGAAGUCGACGAAGUUAAACAAAUUAAGUUAGAGUUAAAACCAGGACAACAUGUAAUGAACUGUCUUACUUGCAAUAUUAAAUGUCACGAGAAUUGUUCAUGUGAAGAUGACGAUGAGAAACGUAACUGUAGUGUAAUGAACAACGGUUUUUGCACAGUAUGUACAAAGAAAUGUAUUUGGUCUGACCACAAAAGUUCGCGUUACACUUUUAAAUAUACCACAGAAAGAGUAAAAAAAACUUACAAAGAAAUGAAAGAAAAAUACGAAAAAGCUAAAGGGUUUAAAAAGACUCAAGAGACUAUCAUUCAAGGGCUUAUCCGCGAUGUUGAAAGUCUUUUUAAUUUUGUCAAUACAAGAAUGAGGGAAAUAGAAUGUUGCAAAAGUAGACUUGAAAAAAUUGCAUUAAGAUACGAUCCACUUUCGACAGUAGACUAUUUAGACCUAAUGAUUCAGGAAGAAGACAAAGAAAGACACCUAGGUUUUGAACAACGAAUAAAAACAUUGAAUGAAUAUCGACAAAUGGCCCUUUUUGAAAAAGACAUUGACAAUUUUAAUGAGGAAUUUCAAUUAACGAAAGAACAAAUGGCAUCGUAUGGAAUUGCCUUAAACCAAAAGGAUGCAACCAAGCAAGGAAUUGAUUUUAUAAACCAUCUUUUUUACUCGCAAACACAAGGCUCCGUAUUUAAAAAAAAGUAAAAGAAAAAGGGAUUUUCGUUUAGGCGCUUGUUGAGGCGGUACGGGGCACCUUUAUACAGUAUAAACAAUAAAUUCAAAUAUAGUUAUAUAUUUUUGUCUCCCUAAAACCAUUAUCUAACAGCGUAGUGUAACGUGUUAAAGCGUUUAAUACCAAUCUGUAAAUCACGAGUUUAAAUACUGCUAAGGUUUUUAUAAUAUUUACCUUAAGUAACCUACAACUUUUUGAAACACAUUUUUGGGUCAAAAAAUUCGACAGGUGUCCCAUACCACAUUAAGGAGAGAUGAAGUAAAAUAGCAAACAUUUGAUACCGUACCGAAGGUAGUAUGUACUUGUAUCUUGCAGGUAAUAAUUAUUAGAAAUAGUUUAACUAUGAAUUAAAGAUUUUUUUUAUUUCAUUUCUUGCACUAAUAGAAGCAUCGAUUUCUUAGCAUAGUUUAAAACAUAGUAUUACUACCUGUAAAAAUGGAACAACGGUCAGAAUGGCUAAAAAAAUUGAAUAUGUUGAUAAUUUGCUUCGAACACAACGAUAAAAUGUGGUGCAUUGUGUUUUCACGUAUAUUUUUUCAUUCCUUACAUCAUUUUUUUUUUUUCGAAAAAAAAUUUAGUAAAUUAUAUAUAAGAUAGACCACGUGCAUCAUAAUAAACAAAUUUAUAGUUUUUUUUUUUAAUUCACUUGAUUCAAUAUUUUCAUUUUUCACUUUUAUUAAAUGUAAGAAAGAUUGAAUAAGUAAUAAUAUCUACCAACAUUUUCUCGAAAAUAUAAAGUAGAUUACGGAUUACGUUUAUUCAGAAUGAAAAAGAAUCCACCAAUGAUAUUGAAAAACCAACUAUUAUUUGUUGUAGACCUUCAUGGUAGUGUUAUUCUUCACUUUCAAAAAAGUAGGUCAAUGUCCUACCAUAUUUUUGGAAAAUUUAAGAAAAAUCCCUUAAAAUUUUACACUAUGAUUGAGAUUUUCUAAAUUGUGAAAAUACAAAUUGCUAAACUCUUUAACAAAUUAAAUACAGUUAAUGAAUGAUAGUGACAUUAAAUAGAUAUAAAGUAUUAAUUUUUUAUUCACAAUUUUUAUAGGUAUUCAAGUCCGAAUUUCCUCUGUAAUUUUUCAAAUCCUUACCCAUUUUUGAUUUAGUAAAACAGAAAACUGAAUGAUGAUAAUGCUAAAACAUUUAUAGUAUUAAACUAAGUAUAUUGACCUUUCUCUGCUGGCAUAAAGUUUUUAUGAGGUCAAUGAUCAAAAUUUUAUAAUUUGGUGUCUUGUUAUCAUUUUUGAGCAUUUUCAAUAUUUUUGUAUUAUGUGCCAUACUAUUAUCUGAACGAAAAGUGAGAUAAAACCAACAGAAAGAUGCAAAAUUAUGUUGACUAACAAAUAAAAUCUUAACUUUAAAUAUUAAUCUACAAGGAAAUUUUUUUAGCGGAAAACUAAAUCUGAAAUUCCUCUGUUUUGCUAAAUGUCAAACUUUUUUUUAGCCUUAUGUCAUAACUUAGUAAAAAUAUCGGAUGUUGUUUCAAUAAUAAUUCGUUUCAUUCAUACUAUUUGUGUUUAAACAAAUUUUACUUUUUAACCAUCGAGAUUUUAGAACCUAAACCCUGAUUAAACAACGUCCUUAAUAAAAAAAAAAACAUUUUUUUGUUAAAAAAUCAUUUGCGCUUUCAACGAGACAUUCUAGUAAAUCGCUAAGAUUGUACUUCAUAACGUCAAAAAAGUUAUUUUAUAUACUCGGUUUGGCUUUACAUGAUUUUGUCUUUGUUUACAUACGUACCUUUGUCUUAUUGACUUUAUCGCAUUUUUCUGCCUUUUAAAACCAGUGUCAACACGUCAUCCAAGUGAAAUUAGUUGACGGGCAUUAAAAUUAAGCAUCCUGAUUGGCCAAUGAAUGCAAUUCCGAAAAUAGCCAAAUAAAAGGCAAAUUUACUUAUUCACUUCCAAUCCAAUGCUUCAAUAACAAAGAUACUGCAUUAUCAAUGAAUUUGCUUCGCUUGAUUAAUAAUUGAGAUUUUUAUGUUAUUGUUUAUAAUUUUAGCUAGAUUAGUAUUGUUUAAGAAAGUGUUAGACAUUCAAUUAGCUUUUUUCUAAUGCUGAAAUUUUAAUUUGUCAUAUAUAAACCACAAUUGUAUAUUUUAUUUCAAAAAUCAUUUAAAUGAUAUAUAUUAUAUUUUUUCCGCUUUAAUUUCAUUUUGAAAUUUAAAUAUGUGAUUCCCUGAUUUAACUUUUCAUGCAAAAUGUUCAAUUCUACCAUAAUAAUUUUGAAUUAAUCCCGCUGUAAACCUAAAGGGAACUCCCUGCUGUAAAAAUGUAAAUUUUAUAACCAUGACAUAAUGUUGCAAGGUGUCAGCUUAUUAAGUAUUUUUAAUUUCUUCGUCCUUUUAUUUUAAUGACAACAGCUAACUUAACGAUCUCUAAUUGUCUAUAUAUUAGCAUUCAAUAUUAUAGCAUCCCUGUGUUUUACUACAAGGUGUUUUAAAGUUUUUCAUGAUUUAUUUUAAUAUAUCCUCCUUUGAUGCUUUCAAAAUAGAGUUUCAAAUGACAAGAAUUAGUAAGUUUAUGAACAUAUGUGAUGACAUAAAAAAGACAUUAGGUUUGAAUUUGUAUAUUAUAUAUGAUUAAAUGUUUUCAAAGGUUGAAUGCAU